AUGGCUACCCCCAGUGUCCUCACCUUUGACGCUGAGGGCAGGGCCAUCGACUUUGACGUGUGGGUAGACGACCUACUGCUUUUCCUACAGUGCGACAGAGCUGACGGCCUCUCUCUCUUUGAUCUCACUUCUGGUGCCUCUCCCGCCCCUGCUGCUACUGAGAAUGCCACUGUUUGCUCAGUGUGGGCCACACGCGAUGCUGCUGCACGUCUUGCUGUGCGUCGCCACCUCCCUCCCUCUGAGCGUGCACACUUUGGGUCGUACAAGAGUGCUCAGACCUUGUACGACGCCGUUAUUGCACGCUACUCCACCCCUGCCAGUGCUGCACUGAGCCGCCUCAUGCUACCGUACCUCUUUCCCGACCUUGCUUCUUUUGCCACAUACUUCACUCUCUACUACAUUGUCACCCGCCUCCCUGACUCCCUCCGCGGAGUCAGGGACGACUUACUCUCAGUCUGCCCCACCACUCUCACUGUUAGCAUCCUCGAGAAGUCUCUCCUAGCAGCCGAGAAGAGCAUUCUCGCUGUAGGGGCCUCUCGUGAUGACCCGCGCACCCCCAUCUUUGAGGGGUGUUCCCCCUCCCCCCUCCUGCCCUCUGUCGCCUCUGCUGCUACGGCCGACCUAGUUGGUUUUGAGUCGGUCGGUGCGGCGUCUGCCCCCAGUGGGAGACGUCGCUCUGGCAAGGGCAAGGGGGGCAGGAGCGGUGGUGGCGGCGGCGGGGGCGGUGGAGGCGGAGGUGGAGGCAGCGGAGGAGGUGGGGGUGGUAGCGGGAGUGGUGGCGGGAGUGGAGGUGUCAGCGGCGGCAGUGGAGGCGGGGGUGGCAGCGGCAGUGGUGGUGGGAGUGGAGGCGGAGGCGGCGGUGGCGGCAGCGAUGGUGGGAGUGGCGGUGGCAGCAGAGGUGGUGGCGGCGGCGGCGGAGGAGGCGGCGGAGGAGGUCGUGGCUCGUCGCAGAGGAGUGGCUCCGGUGGCGGUCAGCGCCAACAGCAGCGGCAGCAGCGUGGUCAGGAGACCCUCUCCCCGCAGCAGCUCCGUGAGUGGUACGCUGCACGUCAGAGGGGUGGGGGUACUGGUCCGUGCACCUACGUCUUGCGCACGGGCGACCGUGCGGGUGAGCUGUGUGGUGGUCCACACCCCGCCCAGCGCUGCUUCGGCCGCCUGACUGACGCUUGGCGCCGCCAGUUUCCUGACGCCUCUGAGAUCCCUCGCUGGGACCAGCUGUCUAGGGCAGGAGUAGCUAUCUUUGAUCUUGACUUUGAUGCUAUUCUUGCUGCCAUGUAUGCUGUGACUAUUAGUGAGGAGGGUGACUGUUACCGGUGUUUCCCGCCCGACCCGGGCAUUGGUACUGCGGCUCUAGGUGCUGUUGCGGCUGCUGCUCCAGGUGCUGGUGAGGCUGUGGCUCUAGGUGCCAGUGAGUCUGUGUCCUCAGGUGCUGGUGAGUCUGCUCUCUCAGGUACUGCGUCGGCUCCGCCCUCUCUCACCUUCACUCUUGACUCAGGGGCGUCUCGCUCCUUCUUUCGAGACCGCACCACACUCACGCCGCUUAGUCGGCCAGUGGCGGUCUCCCUGGCGGACCCCUCUGGGGGUCCUGUUCUGGCUCGCUACUCCACUGUCCUGCCGUGCCCUGCGGUCCCAUCUGGCGCCCUGUCCGGUCUCUACCUCCCCUCGUUCUCUACGAACUUGGUGGCGAGUGCUGACCUACAGGAUGCAGGGGUCGACCAGUUCACCCCUGCACGCCGACGGGACACCCACUGCACGGACGCGGACACGGGUCGACACUUGACCAUGUUCACACGUGGGCCGGGGUCGAGCCUGUACACACUCACGGUUCCGUCUCCUCCUGCGUCUGGUCAAGUAGUUGCGUCGGGUCAGGUGUUUGCUGCAGCGUCCAGGUCUGGUCCUGAGUCUGCCCCCUGCUCGUGUCGCCUCCUGUCCCACGAGACCCUCCUGUGGCACCACAGGAUGGGUCACCCCUCCCUGCCUCGUCUCCGGGGCAUGGCCUCUCGCCUUCUUGUCUUUGGCCUUCCCCGGUCCCUCCCUCCUCUUCCUCCGGGACCUGGCCCUCCCUGUGUACCCUGUGUCGAGGGUCGCCUGCGGGCUUCCCCUCACUCCUCCCCAUUUCCUCCGACGGAGGCCCCGAUGCAGACGCUUCACAUGGACGUGUGGGGCCCAGCCCGCGUCCGUGGACAGGGUCAUGAGCGCUACUUCCUGCUGGUGGUUGACGACUACUCGCGUUACACCACAGUCUUCCCCUUGCGCAGCAAGGGUGAGGUCACUGAGGUGUUGAUCGACUGGAUCCGCGCAGCUCGUCUCCAGCUCAGGCGGAGCAUCGGCUCGGACUUUCCUGUUUUGCGUCUGCACUCGGACAGAGGCGGAGAGUUCUCCUCCGGCCUUCUGCGAGCAUACUGUCAGGCACGAGGCAUCCGCCAGACCUUCACGCUUCCGGACUCUCCACAGCAGAAUGGGAUUGCUGAGCGCCGCAUCGGCAUUGUCAUGGACGUCGCCCGUACGUCCAUGGUGCAUGCGGCUGCCCCCCAUUUUCUGUGGCCGUUUCCUGUGAGGUACGCCGCACAUCAGAUCAACCUUCAGCCCAGGGUCUCCAGACCGGAGACCUCCCCAGCUUUGCUGUGGACGGGGAAGGUUGGAGAUGCGUCGGCGUUCCGUGUCUGGGGAUCUCGGGCGUUUGUCCGCGACUUGUCUGCGGGCAAGCUGUCCCCUCGUGCUGCUCCUUGCGUCUUCCUGGGUUUCCCCCCUGACGCUCCUGGGUGGCAGUUUUACCACCCCACCUCUUGUCGUGUUCUGUCCUCCCAGGACGUCACGUUCGACGAGUCGGGUCCUGCCCCUUCAGGUGUGUCUCAGGUAGACGCGGUCGAGCCUGUCGAGGUCACUGGUGACUCUGGUGCUGCGGCGGGUGCGGAGCCUCGGGGUGCUGAGACUGGGGGUGCUGAGACUGGGGGUGCUGAGCCUGGGGGUACUGAGCCUGGGGGUGCUGCGACUGGGGGUGCUGAGCCUGGGGGUGCUGAGCCUGGGGGUACUGAGCAUGGGGGUGCUGUGACUGGGGGUGCUGAGCCUGGGGGUGCUGAGCCUGGGGGUGCUAUGCCUGGGGGUGCUGAGUCUGGGGGUUCUGCGUCUGGGAGUGCUGCGCCUGCUACUUCUGUUCCUGGUGGUUCUCCAGACCGUUCUUCGCGCCGCGAGCCGCUCUCUCCACUGGAGCUGCGUGAGUGGUUUGCCCGGCGCUGGAGGCGAGCUGCUGGAGCCGGGGGUAUUGCGGGUGCUGGAGGUUCCGUUGCUGCCAAGGGAGCUGGUACCACGGGUCCCGGAGGUGCUCGUACUGAGGGUACUGGAGCUGCCGGGCCCGGGGGUGCCUCUGGAGCUGGAGCUGCUGCGGGUGCUGGCGCUGAGGCUACGACUGUCGGUCCUACUGCGGAUACUUCUGCAGCUGCUGGUGGUGCUGGAGUUGGAGCUGCUACUGGUGCUGGUGCUGCCUCUGGAGGUGUUGGUGCUGUCCCUGCUGUCUCUGGCGGUGCUGCGCGGCCUCGGCCGUACUUCGUUCCGCUCCUUCAGCAGGUUCUUGGUCUCCCGCCUUCCACUGGUCCUUCUCCUCCCGUAGAGUGUCCGCAGCCUGUCCCGUCACGGUCAGAGUUACAGCCCGCCUCUCCUCUGCCUUCUCCUUCUCCCUACGCUGGUCCUACUGGAGGUCUUACUGAGCGUCGUGAGCCUGCGUCCCGCCCUGUGUCGCCAGUCCGAGCUGCUCGCACUAGUGGUCGCGCUUCGCGUCAGCGUCCUCCUCCUGUCCCUGGCACGCACCAGAUGUCUCUGCGUCCGUCCACUGCUCCUCUGCGUGCCCCUUUGCCUUCUCCUCCUCAGUCUUCUCUUUCUACUCUUGCCGACCCGGAGUCGGACUCUCACCGUGCUGCCAGUCCUACUGUCACGCGUCUUCUUGCUACUCUUGUCACUGACCCUUCCUUUGAGUCCACUGCUGCGUCUGCCCUAGUUGCUGAGCUGGUCGACUUUGCUGCUGCGUGUCGUCUGGACUACGCUGCCAGUCUUGUUGCUAAGUCUGCUGAGUCUGCGUCUGCUGCGUCUGCGUCUGCCUGUCCUCCGUCCAUCGGGGGUGGCUGUGCUCUUGGCACGGACGUCCUUGAGGACAGGCAGGAGGAGUUCCAGUGCUUUGCUGCCGCUUUGCCCCAUCUCGUGUCCAUGCUUGUUGCCCCUGAGGGAGACCCGGAUGCUCUAGACAUCCCGACCCCACGCUCUUCCGCAGAGGCGAUGGCCGGUCCCUACUCCUCUCAGUGGCAGUCAGCCAUGGACGCAGAGAUGGCCUCCUGGAAGUCCACAGGCACCUACGUUGACGCUGUUCCCCCUCCUGGGGCGAACAUUGUCAGUGGCAUGUGGAUCUUCAGGGUGAAGCGGCCGCCGGGUUCUCCGCCUGUCUUCAAGGCGCGCUACGUGGCUCGUGGCUUCAGUCAGCGACAGGGAGUUGACUUCUUUCAGACCUUCUCCCCGACCCCGAAGAUGACCACUCUUCGGGUUCUACUGCACGUCGCUGCUCAGCGUGACUACGAGCUACACUCUCUUGACUUCAGCACUGCUUUCCUGCAGGGUCGCCUGCACGAGGAGAUCUGGCUGCGCCGUCCUCCUGGCUUCACUGGGUCGUUCCCUCCUGGUACCCAGUGGAGCCUCCGGCGGCCAGUCUACGGUCUCCGCCAGGCGCCGCGUGAGUGGCACGACACACUGAGGACUACACUUGCGGCUCUUGGGUUUGCUCCUUCUACUGCUGACCCGUCGCUGUUUCUGCGCACCGACACCUCGCUGCCGCCGUUCUACAUCCUCGUGUACGUCGACGACUUGGUCUUUGCCACUGCGGACACUGCCGCACUCGCCCACGUGAAGUCCGAGCUGCAGAAGAGACACACGUGCACAGACCUGGGUGAAAUGACAAGCUAUCUUGGCUUGCGGAUCACCCGGGACAGAGCACGCCGCACCAUUACCCUGACUCAGUCACACAUGGUGCAGCAGGUCCUUCAGCGCUUCGGCUUCACGUACUCCUCGCCUCAGUCCACUCCUCUGCCUACGGGACACUCGCUCUCAGCUCUGCCUUCGGAUGAGUCCGUAGAGUCGAGUGGUCCGUAUCUAGAGCUUGUGGGCUGCCUCAUGUACCUGAUGACUUGCACUCGACCUGACCUCGCAUACCCUCUCAGCAUCUUAGCACGCUAUGUUGCUCCCGGCCGUCACCGGAAGGAGCACAUGGAUGCAGCUAAGAGGGUGUUGCGCUACUUGUGCAGUACGUCGGGCAUGGGGCUAGUGCUUGGAGGGCGAGACCGGCCUGUUCUCACUGGGCACUCAGACGCUUCUUGGGCUGACGACCAGGCUACUCAGAGGUCGUCUCAGGGUUACACCUUCAGUCUUGGCUCUGGCUCUGUCUCUUGGCGCUCUACUCGCUCUUCUUCGGUUCUCAGCUCGAGCUGUGAGGCUGAGAUCUACGCCACGGCCAUGGCUGCCCAGGAGCUUCGCUGGCUCACCUACCUGCUGACCGACCUUGGAGAGCAGCCUCGUUCUCCUCCAGUGCUGUACGUCGACAACAAGGCAACCAUUGCCUUGUGUGAGGAGCACAGACUGGAGCACAGGACGAAGCACAUUGCUCUGCGCUACUUCCUUGCUCGAGAGCUGCAGCAGCGUGGUCAGCUUCGCCUGCGUUUCGUGGCCACUGAGGCCAGCACUGCUCAUGUGUCCACCAAGGCACUUCCGCCUCGUGACCAUCAGCGCUUUUGCACUCUGCUAGGCCUUCUGCCCACUGGGCCUCACUUGCUUACCUCUUGA